GUAAAUGUACAACGUUCUGACAUUUGCACACAAGAGAAGAGAGGAAAAUUUAUUGUUGUUAAAGAUCGCAAUGGUGAUGAUGAUGUCGCGGUUUGUAUUCAACAUCGUGGAAAAUAUCACUGGCAUGAGCUCAAAGGUACUAACAUCGUCUUUAUGUCUUAUGUUUUAGCUUUAAUUUUCACGCUGUGCAAGCUUUUAAAUUCACAGUUUCUGCGUGUUAACGGCGUUUGUAAAGGUUAUGUAAAUGUUAAAUGAAUAUAUAUCUAUUAGAAUCAUUUGAUUUGGUAAAAAACAAACAAACAAACUAUUCCAACAAACUUUGCCGUGAUACUGAGUUGAAACCUUUUCGCUAGUUCCUAUGCUAUGUGAGAUUCCACGACGGACAGUUUUUCGCGUUUAUGUUAUGCUAUACGGAGUAUACUGCAUGCUACCUCCUCCGCAGGCCUUUCAAAAAAAUAAAAUUAGUGCGAAACGAACCGAAAGGCCUGCGGACUAAUUUUCCAAAAUGGCGGGAAGUCACAAACCAAAUUAUAUUUAAUAUAUCAUUUUACCAAAACAAUAUUAUUAUUACAGUCUUUAACUGCUUCUGAUAUAGACCGCUUUUUGUAUCAGCAAUGUACAUAAAAACAGUGAACACUGAACAAACAAGCAUAGACAAUGAUUUAUAAAGAGAAGCAGAUAAAUAUCAGUUUAUAAUUUGCAUAUUAUAAACACGCAGCGCUUUUAUGUAACACGUCGUAUGUCAGGCAUGCGGCCGUUUAUCCACGAAAUUUAUUCCAUUUAUAUUUGUGACUUUUAUACUGUGUAACUAUUUAAAUGCGUAUAUGUAUAUAGUCAAAACAUCCCAUUUGGCCAAAUGAUAGAUUCACAACGUCUAUUAUCACUGUCGCUUGUGCUUGUAAAACCCUCCAUUAUUUGAAUCUCCUCGUCGCUUUUCUCAGCCAUAACUGCCAAGAUGGAUUUAGAAAAUACUCGCAAAACGGGAUUGCUAAAGAUUGGCAGACGAUGUGCCAUAUUUUUGAAGAAAUUUGACCCAACCGAGUAAUCGACACCAAAAGCCAAGUAAUCGACAUGUUAUUCAACAGACCUUACAGCUACGCAAGCCUUUGUCUCAAAUUUCAAAUUCAAACCUGCGAACGGGCAUACUCAUUACGAGCUGUAUGGCCUGCGGAGGAGGUAGUAUACUGCAUGUGUUUUCGGAACUUCCGAGUAAAAACUAAAAAGUGUGUUAAACUCGAUUUCGUCUCGGUGAAUAUUCAUUGUCAUUACUAGCUUUGCCUUAAGUAUUGUGCAUGUUUAAUUGUCUUUAUUGUUCCGUUUGAACUUGUAUAAUACUGUGUCGUUUGUCUUUCUUUCAUUGUCACUUGUGCAAUUAUCGUUUCAUUGUUUAAUCGAAACUUGCAAAUAGCGUGUUAUCGUCCUUUUUGUCUUUUGCUAAAUUAAUGACAGUAUUUGAUGUAUUCAGCGUGUAUAUAAGGCCUCCUCUAGAUGCUAAACGCAUAAAAUAUGCAAAGCUUCUCAGCUCCUUGUUGAAACGAUCGAAAGUUACAGCCACAAAUUGACCGCACCUACAAAGUUGAGUCAACCCAUCUUGCCCGAGUAUGCGUAGCCAUAUACAUAUAUACUGACUGAAUAUUAUUGAGACCGUGAUAAGACGAACUACUGACGAACUAUUUCAAGAUAUGGCACAAAAGCAUAUUAUGUGCAAUUUAAACCUUAUUUUGUCAUAAAUAACUCAAAGUAAAGCAGAAGAAAAACGCGCAGACUGAUGCCAUACAAUAAAUGCUCAGCGACAUGGCCACUUUCAUCUGAGCAAUUUGCGGUCGUGAAAUAAAAGGGCUCAGCUCCCUUGCAUGCAGUUAGUUUGGCGAUAACAUUUAUUAUUUAUAUAUAUGCUUUACCCUCACCCUCUCGGUGUUUUAUUAUAUAUUCUCUAUUAGCUAAUUGGCUGAUGCCGCGCUCUUUUUUUUUCCAGUGGUGACAUAUGAAUCGUGCAAACAAAUAUUGACGAGCCCAAGGUAAAUACAUAGAGGAUAUGAGAUGGUUGCUAGAAGAUAUGGAUUUUAUGUUCGAGUGGCAAAAACAAUGUCUCACGAGUGAGCGCAGCGCAUUAUUGACAUAUAAAUAAGCUGCGACAGAUCAGUACUACAAAUUUUUAAAUAUUUUUAAAAUUAUAGCGCAAACAUAAGAUUAGAAUAAAUUUUACUUAUCUCAAGAUGUCUUUUAAUAAUUAAAUGUUUUCGUUUUAUUUCCAACGUUAAUUUGAAUUCGUUUUAUAUACGAACCAAAGACCAGUUGUAUUUUCAAAACAACAACAACAAAUGAUGAAAAUGGCGGGAAAUUUUCGAACUUCGUAUAUGUCACUCGCAAGGGUGAAAUACAGAAAAUACGCCCAUCUGCAGGCCCCGGAUGUAGUGGUAAAUGAGUUCCACGAGUGUUUUAGUUUCCAGUAACAUACCAUGCAUUGUCCAUAUAAUAAAUAGCUUUAUUUGAUCACGCUAUAGCCUAAAUUCCCAACUUUUUAAAAAAUAAACUGACUAAGCUGCAGGUUUAUAGAAGGGGUUGUUGUUAUUAAUUCCGUGAAUACUAUAUACUACCACAUCUACAACUACUAUGUAUUAGAUUAUUUGCAAGUUAAACACUUUAAAUGGUAAUCGAAGAAGUUCAAGAACAGAAAGUACGCGAAGUAUAUUACACGUACCCAUUUGCCAGUCUAUUCUAAUUAAACCCGCAUAAAUUACAGUAUAUUCAAUGAAUCUAUACGGUUUCAGCAAACGGCAGAUCGGCAAUGCGAUGUCUAAAUUGAUAAAAUAAGGUUCGAAUCCAUUUUUUGCCACAGGUGGAAAAUUGUUCCACAAAUUCGUUUUUGGUUUUGGUAGAGAUAUCGAUUAAACGAGUUUCCAAAUUGCGUAAAUUGUAAACACGGCGCCAAAGUCUUACUGAGGAUCUUAUACACAGCAGGACACUCCUUACUUUAUCAACGUUUUGGGUUUCCUGUGAAAUUUCCAACUGACGUUUCUGCACGAGUUAUAUAAGGCAAAAACAGUUAGAAAAUAUUUCAUUUAUCUUAUAGAAACAACGGAAAUGGUGUUUACAAAAUCAUUGUUGGGAACAAUCAAGAAAUCGACGUGUACUGUCAAAUGACGUCAGUCUCAGGAUGCAAAGGUGGUGGUUGGACACUGGCGAUGAAGAUUGACGGAAGCUUGGUAAGCCUUAGCCUAUACGAUUACGUACCUUAAGGCAGUGUGACAAAGGUUAUAGGUAAGCUUGCAUGCAGACUUAAUCAUGGUUAUGUCUCUGUGAAUCAGGGUAUACUUCGAAACCCGGACCAGACACGGACUCGGACUCGGACCCGAACUCGGACUCUAAGAAAAUCCGGACUCGAGAAAAACCCGGACCCGGACUCGAAAAAAUCCGGACUCAUGUUUAAGAAAACCCGGACUUGAGUUUUGAAAACCCGAACUCGAAAUAGAAAAAACCGGAUUCGAAACAAGGACUCUGUGUACGAGAAUGCAAAGGUUUUUUGGAAAGGUUUAAUAAUAGUUAACAUGAUAAACGAUGAUCUAUUUAUAACAAUAAUCCGGUAUAUAUCUUUAAAUAAAUUUCUAGAGUGCUGUUGCACAAUCUGGCGUAGUACUGAUAAAGAAUCUGAGUUGCAUCGGUAAUAUUAAAUUUGCGGAUUUGUUCUCUCGCGCGCAUGUCCCUAUCUCUUCCCGCUUUCUAUAUAUAGAUAUAGAUAGAAUACUUUAUUUGAAAAGCAAUAAGCUUGGUUUCGAAAGGUGUAGAUCAUUUUCUUUUCUAGUGACUCAGUGUUAUGUGUUAUGUGAGGAUACUAAUCAGUAAUCAUACUAUGGUUCCUCACAAAAUAAUCCGCACUAUAUAGUAAACUUGAACAAAUCAUUUAGUCACUUGCCACCAAAAUGCAUUUAUGCAUGGCUUCCGCGACGGACUAGCUAAAUCUACCCUAAACCUAAAUUAAUAACUAAAAUCUGUCUCAGCAGUCAAGAAUGUCUUGUCUGGAAACCAUCUCGAUACACGAUUGCUGCAACCAUAGCAGACAACGUGAUGGCGGCAAGGGUAAAAUAUACCCCAACACAUGUAUCAAUGGACAGCACACUUGCGAAAAAUUUGUCAAAAUGACAUGAAAAAUAACUCGACCGUGUUUUGUGGCUUAGGCCAUCAUUUCAAUGGUAGCAAAUCCAAUGAUAGCUUUCAAAGUCCCGAAUAUAUAUAUAUAUACAGUAUAUAUAAUGCCAAAAACAAACUCAAUAAAAAUUAUUUCCGUUUUAGCAAAGUCACUUCAACCGAUCCGGAAAAGCACAUCACAUGCUGAAGGCAAUGAAGGUGUCGCGGCAAUUUGAUAUUAUAAAGUGCUCAGUCAAAUAUUUGGGCAAGUGACUCUGCUGUAAACACGUUUAUUUUCUCAAUUUUGUUAAGAUAAAGUUUACAAACACGAAUUGAACACCCACAAUUAUUCCUAAUCAAAAAUAGUAGAAAACACAUCACAAAGAAAGCAAUCUUAAAGUGGAAACAAAAAAAGGUGUCGCAGCAAUGCCGACAGUGAAAUUCGCGUUGGGUGAACUGGCAUAAAUUCAGUGAUAUUGAGACUCUCUCGUUAGGCGAUGCGUUCAUCAAUUGCCCGAAGUGCCUUCCAUACAUAUAACCGCGGCUCAUUUAUGCAUACGUCUACAAGUAGCUAUAUCAGUACGAGGGUAGCAUGUUGAUUCUCAAAAUAACUUGAUUUAUUAUCAAACUUCAUUGUCAGUAUUGAGUCUCACACGUUGUUUGCUAUGUUUGCAGCACUUAGUUAUUAAUGCAGAUUUUAGUUAUUAAUUUAGGUCUAGGGUAGAUUUAGCUGUUUAAGUGUCUAAAUAAUUUUUCAUUUCAGGUAUAUAUACUAUAUAGUGAUUAUUUUGUGAGGAAUCAUAGUAUGAUUACUGAUUAGUAUCCUCACAUAACACAUAACACUGAGUCACUAGAAGAAAAAAUGAUCUACUUGUUUCAAAACCAAGCUUAUUGCUUUUGAAAUAAAGUAUAGUCAGGGGCGGAUCUAGGGGUUGUCAAAUAAGUCGCGCGACUAACGUAAAAAUUGCGCAGAUAAUUACGGAAACAUAAAAUUGUCCAGUACUCCAGUUGUAAUCCUUCCUGCAGUGAUAGCAAAUGUAAUUGAUAUUCACAAUAGUCCAGUUAUCAAGUUUCAUUCAGCGGUUGUAAGCUCAGUGGCCUUGACUUACUUGAGGCAGAUUCUAGCCAUUUGAUUGGUCGAGAAUGGUUUUGCCUCAUCUUCGUGGGGGUCUGCCUUAUUUACGUCAUCUAUGAGGUAUCUGAUUGGCUGAUUGAAGGAGAAUUCUGCUCUCUCAUUGGUUCAACUUUUUUGCCUCAUCUUCGUGGGGGUCUGCUUUAUUUGCGCAAUAUUUGAAGUUCUGAUUGGUUGAAAAAGACCAAAUUCUCUUCUCUCAUUGGCUCAUAUUUUUUGCUACAUCUGACUCAUUCGGAAAGUUUAUUCACCGCGAAGAUUAAAUUGACGUACGAGUACGACGACAAUAUAAAAUGUAUGUUUAAAAAUACUCAGUGGUUCCCGCAAUAUAAAGUUUAUACGAGACUGUCCAGUCUAGAAAUGGUAAACACAGAUCUUUUAAAGCAUAUCAAUACGACAAUACUUCAAUACAAGAUCGAUAUAUCGAAGAGCUUUUAGCCGCUAUUCAUAUCAAGACCAAGUCUAUCCACAAUUAUAUCACCAGAACCAGUCUCGCUAGAGAUUUCAAUUCGGUGCUCGUCCACCACAAUAGAAAUGUACAGCGAUAAGGUUAGGAGAUUAUAUUUAUACUUUAGUUCAUAGUCUGGUACUAUUAAGUAAGCUUUAAAACCUGCUUAAUAAUUAUAGUGUGCUUAUUGACGGCGGUACAAAGAUGUGUCUAACCCUAGUUAAAGCUAUAAAGUAUAAACCGCUUUUGUGUUCGUUUAUAUUUGUAUCGGGCAAUAUUUAAUUGAUGUAUUAGUAGCGACAGAAUCUGGAAAUUUUGAGAUUGCAUGGUGCCAUGGUCGUGUGUUAUGCUGUACGUGUUGUAAUACGAUAUCUAGAAGUAAGCGGUUUUGUGAUUGUUCGUGUAAAAUCUUGUUGAGAAUUGCCCCCGAGAUAAUCCUCAACACAAUAGUUUCUUUUAGCUUUUAUUCAACGCUACGAACUAUCCUAAUUUCGCAAAAUCUCUCACUAAAAAACCUCCCACUAUACAAUAGCAACAAUCAGUGUAUUUUGGAACUUUCCGAUUCAUUACAGUUCUGACUCGCGCGUCCCACGUGUGAACAAAACAUUAUUUCAUACUAAAUAUAUUGAUUAUUAACAGUUUCCGACAAUUCAUUUGUUAUAUAAUAUGACGUUUUGUUGACAGGAGGGUCAAAAAUUUAUUUAUUAAAAGAACAUGCCGAUGUGUGAAACAAAAUUUCAGACAAUCGCGCGACACUACAAUAUCGUGACAAUACAAUCGCGUCGGCUGUCGGGCGAACAACGAAUAACUUAUAAUGCUACAACCGCCACAGACAGAAAGUAAAAGCCCCGCUACCAUCCUCCCCCCCCCCUGGAUGGCAGCAACUCGGAAAAAAUUUGACUAACGUACGAAAAUUCCUAGAUCCGCCCCUGAGUAUAGUCUAUCUAUAUCUAUAUAUAGAAAGCGGGAAGAGAUAGGGAUACCCACAAUUAUUACCGAGCAACUCAGAUUCUUUAUCAGAUAUAUACAUGAUUUAUUUAAAGAUAUAUACAUCAUUAUUGUUAUAAAGAGAUCAUCGUUUAUCAUGCAUGUUAACUAUUAUUAAACCUUUCCAAAAAACCUUUGCAUUCUCGUACACAGAGUCCUUGUUUUGAAUCCGGUUUUUUCUAUUUCGAGUCCGGGUUUUCAAAAGUCAAGUCCGGGUUUUCUUAAACACGAGUCCGGAUUUUUUUCGAGUCCGGGUCCGCGUUUUUCUCGAGUCCGGAUUUUCUUAGAGUCAGAGUCCGGGUCCGAGUCCGGUCCGGGUUUCGAAGUAUGCCGUGAAUCAGAGCGCAAAUAUAAUUGUACUGCAGCGAUGCCAGUUUCCUGUAUACAAAUUCCAUGAUUACCUUCGCGAGGAAGUUCAACCGCGUUUGUCUGUGUGUCUAUAUGUGUGUCUGUGUGUCUAUAUGUGUGUCUGUGUAUCUAUAUGUGUGUCUGUGUGUCAGCACGACAACUUAAAAACUAUCAAACGUAUGAAAAUCUUUGGGACUAAUGGACGUUGCCCAGGGACAAAUUGAUAAAAUUUUGGUUAAAUUUGGAUGGAAAUUGGAUGAGAAAUUAGCAAAAGUUUGUCUUGUUUUGCAUUGCAGAGUAAACUGUUGUAUAAUGUAUUGUUGUAUAAUGUAUGCAUAAUACAUAACUUAAUCCGAUGGCGGAGGUACAUGUAUGUAGUCUCCAAAUGCCCUUAACGUAUUUGUUUUUAUAGAGUACUUUCAAAUACAGUUCCUCUUAUUGGACGAACAAAAACACUUACAAUGACGAUGCCCAUGGGCGAAACAGCGGUUUAGACAACCGAGAAUAUAAAGGAUCAACUUACUGGAGAACCUCAUUUAAAGAAAUUUGUGUUGUUAUGCAAUAUGGUGGGAUUGGUGGCCAUUUAAGAGCAUUCUCUUUCUCGUACUCGGCAUCAUCGCUGUUUGAUCUGAUCGCAGACGGAAAAUAUCGACAAACUCGCCUUGGUCGCUCGCAGUGGAAAUCAUUGAUCAGUGGAUCAUCCUUACAGCGUCAUUGUAACCGAGAAGGAUUUAACGUGCGAGGUGAUUCAAAGCUGUCCAAAUAUAGAGUAACUGUAAAAGUUCGUUUGGGAAUUAUUGCAAACCAACAAACUCAUUGCGAUACGCCCGACUCUUACGUUGGCCUGGGAGCUGAAGGUGGUCUGAAUUAUCCCUCCGAUCCAAACUGGUGCCAGCCGCCAGACAAAUCUGUCAAUUCCGCGGGUAAUCUUGGCCAGUGUAGUCCAGACAACGGAAACAAGAAUACCAAAGCCAUGACAUACAUACUGGUUCGUUAAAUAACUCAGUGUCGGUCCGAUUUAUACCAGAGAUGUAUCAUGCGUGAAAACACAUCUCUCUCACGAAUCACUUAUCUUAAGGCCCAUUUCCACUCAAGAACAACUUCCACGGACAGAAAAUUUUCGAAAAAUAUCAUUGUUUAAAGUUGAAAACUUUCAACUUCGGCCAAUCUCAUUUUACAAAAUUUUCUUUCUGGGAAAAUUUUCCUGAGUGGAAAUGGACCUUUAAGACCAUGUUACACGUGUAGGAUUUCUUGCCGCAAUUUGCAAUGUAGUUUCGAUGCAUGUUAACUAAAAAAUCAGUUGCAGGGAAAUUGUGAGCACUGCAUGGCCUGUACGGUUUAUUCUGUGACAUUUUCAUAUAUUUCUUUCCUGGUUUUGUGAACAAAUCAUGCCUGAUAUUCUCCUGAUAGCUGGUCUGAUGAUGCCGUUGAAAUAUCAAGAACAAUCUUAAUUUUUUUCGCUCGCAAACAUUCGACAGGCGUCAACUCAAACGCAUUGGCCGUCUCUAGCAUAAAUCGGGUCAUUCACAUUUGAUAAGAUUCAUUUCACAUAAUCACAAUAUGGCUUAUUAGUAUAGUAAAGGAACUAGAUUAAAUCUUGAAUGUUAGGGGAUUAUAUAAUUAUAUAGUGGCAUAAUAGCACGAUAUUAAUUUUACUUUAUACGUUGAUGAUCGUCGUAUAUAUACUAGCUUGCUUUACUUUAAUCAACAUUUUUUAAUUAUCAGAAUUGCAUGGUUAAAAACGUCGCAUUGCGAAAUGCAAUCAUGCAAGGUUGGUACGCAAUCAUGCAAGGUUGGUUUAUGUAAUCCAAAUUAAAGUGUAGGAACAUGUAAUCCAAAUGAGAUAAUCUUAAUUAAACCAAUUUGUCGAUCAACUAGUGUGCUGAAAUUAUUAAAAAUAAUUCACGUUCACUGAAACAAGAAAGAUAUUAAUCCUUUUAAAAAUAAACGUUGUCUAAUUAAG